AUGACGGGCUAUACCAUGUUGCGGAAUGGGGGCGCGGGGAACGGAGGUCAGACCUGCAUGCUGCGCUGGUCCAACCGCAUCCGGCUCACGUGGCUCAGCUUCACGCUGUUCGUCAUCCUGGUGUUCUUCCCCCUGAUCGCUCACUAUUACCUCGCCACCCUGGACGAGGCGGACGAGGCGGGCAAGCGCAUCUUCGGCCCGCGGGCCGGCAGCGAGCUCUGCGAGGUGAAGCACGUGCUGGACCUCUGCCGCAUCCGCGAGUCCGUGAGCGAGGAGCUGCUGCAGCUGGAAGCCAAGCGGCAGGAGCUGAACGGCGAGGUCGCCAAGCUGAACCUGAAGAUUGAGGCCUGCAAGAAGAGCAUCGAGAGCGCCAAGCAGGACCUGCUUCAGCUCAAGAACGUCAUCAGCCAGACGGAGCACUCCUACAAGGAGCUGGUGGCCCAGAACCAGCCCAGGCUCUCCCUGCCCAUCCGCCUGCUCCCGGAGAAGGACGACGCCGGCCUCCCGCCCCCCAGGGCCCAGCGGGGCUGCCGGCUGCACAACUGCUUUGACUACUCCCGGUGCCCGCUGACCUCUGGUUUCCCCGUCUAUGUUUAUGACAGUGACCGGUUCGCCUUUGGCAGCCACCUGGAUCCCUUGGUCAAGCAGGCUUUCCAGGCCACGGCCCGAGCCAACGGCUAUGUCACCGACAACGCGGACAUCGCCUGCCUUUAUGUGAUCCUAGUUGGGGAGAUGCAGGAGCCCGCCGUGCUGCGGCCCGCCGACCUGGAGAAGCAGCUGUCGUCCCUCCCGCACUGGCGGGCGGACGGCCACAACCACGUCAUCCUCAGCCUGUCUCGGAAGUGGGACACGCAGAACUUACUGUACAACGUCAGCACGGGCCGGGCCAUGGUGGCCCAGUCCACCUUCUAUGCGGCCCAGUACCGGCCUGGCUUUGACUUGGUGGUGUCGCCGCUAGUCCACGCCAUGUCGGAGCCCAACUUCAUGGAAAUCCCGCCACAGGUGCCGGUGAAGCGGAAGUACCUCUUCACCUUCCAGGGCGAGAAGAUCGAGUCGCUGAGAUCCAGCCUUCAGGAGGCCCGCUCCUUUGAGGAGGAGAUGGAGGGGGACCCUCCGGCCGACUACGACGACCGGAUCAUUGCCACCCUCAAGGCCGUCCAGGACAGCAAGCUCGAUCAGGUCCUGGUGGAAUUUACCUGCAAAAACCAGCCGAGACCCAGCCUACCGACCGAGUGGGCGCUGUGUGGGGAGCGGGAGGACCGCCUGGAGCUACUGAAGCUCUCCACCUUCGCCCUCAUCAUCGCGCCCGGGGACCCGCGCCUGCUCGUCUCCGCGGGGUGCGCCGCCCGGCUCUUCGAGGCCCUGGAGGUUGGGGCUGUCCCGGUGGUGCUGGGCGAGCACGUGCAGCUGCCCUACCAAGACGUGCUGCAGUGGAGCGAGGCGGCGCUGGUGGUGCCCAAGCCGCGGGUCACUGAGGUCCACUUCCUGCUGCGGAGCCUCUCGGACAGCGACCUGCUGGCCAUGCGGCGCCAGGGCCGCUUCCUCUGGGAGACCUACUUCUCCACCACGGACAGUAUCUUCAGCACCGUGCUGGCCGUGAUCCGGACGCGCAUCCAGAUCCCCGCCGCUCCCAUCCGGGAGGAGGCGGCGGCCGAGAUCCCGCAUCGCUCGGGCAAGGCGGCCGGCACCGACCCCAACAUGGCGGACACCGGGGACCUGGACCUGGGCCCGGUGGAGACCGAGCCGCCCUACGCCUCGCCCAAGUACCUGCGCAACUUCACGCUCACCGUCACCGACCUCUACCGCAGCUGGAACUCCGCCCCGGGCCCGUUCCAUCUGUUCCCGCACACGCCCUUUGACCCCGUGCUGCCCUCGGAGGCCAAGUUCCUGGGCUCAGGGACCGGAUUCCGGCCCAUUGGCGGCGGGGCCGGGGGCUCCGGCAAGGAGUUUCAGGCGGCGCUCGGAGGCAACGUCCCUCGGGAGCAGUUCACGGUGGUAAUGUUGACUUACGAGCGGGAGGAGGUGCUCAUGAACUCCUUAGAGAGGCUGAACGGCCUCCCUUACCUGAACAAGGUCGUGGUGGUGUGGAAUUCUCCCAAGCUGCCGUCAGAGGACCUGGUGUGGCCUGACAUUGGGGUCCCCAUCAUGGUGGUUCGUACUGAGAAGAACAGCCUGAACAACCGAUUCCUGCCGUGGAAUGAAAUCGAGACAGAGGCCAUCCUGUCUAUUGAUGAUGACGCUCACCUCCGCCAUGAUGAAAUCAUGUUUGGGUUUCGGGUGUGGAGAGAAGCCCGGGACCGCAUUGUGGGUUUCCCUGGCCGUUACCAUGCGUGGGACAUCCCUCAUCAGUCCUGGCUCUACAACUCCAACUACUCCUGUGAGCUGUCCAUGGUGCUGACAGGUGCUGCCUUCUUCCACAAGUAUUAUGCCUACCUGUAUUCCUACGUGAUGCCCCAGGCCAUCCGAGAUAUGGUGGAUGAAUACAUCAACUGUGAGGACAUCGCCAUGAACUUCCUCGUCUCCCACAUCACUCGGAAACCCCCCAUCAAGGUGACCUCACGGUGGACUUUCCGAUGUCCGGGAUGCCCUCAGGCUCUGUCACACGACGAUUCCCACUUCCAUGAGCGGCACAAGUGUAUCAACUUCUUCGUCAAGGUGUACGGCUACAUGCCCCUGCUGUACACGCAGUUCCGCGUGGACUCUGUGCUCUUCAAGACCCGCCUGCCCCACGACAAGACCAAGUGCUUCAAGUUCAUCUAG